ACAUCACGAACCCAAUUUCCCGGUCGCAGGAGCUGAGGAAGAAAAAAUAAUCCCGAGGCAAAAUGGCCAACGUGACGCAGCUGAUCCGCCGACAGAGCUCUCGGGAGCUGUCGGCCCAGAAGUCCAUAGACCGAUUGGAGCUGGAGUUGGAGGCGAGGCUGGUGCCGACGGCGGAGGAGGUGCCCGACUACGGCGCCACCAACCACGCCUUUGAGCCAUCGAGCCCCACGUCGGAGACUACCAAGGUUCCUGCCGCGGAACCCCGGAAGGACUCGGUGCCUUUCGAAGGAGGCGAGGAGCGGGAGUCCUGGGAUAGCAAGCUGCAGUUCCUUCUGGCUACCGUUGGAUACGCUGUAGGACUCGGCAACGUCUGGAGGUUCCCUUACCUGGCGCAGAAGAAUGGAGGAGGUGCGUUCCUGAUCCCCUACUUCGUGAUGUUGACCUUCCUGGGACUGCCGCUCUUCUACCUAGAGCUGGCGGUGGGUCAGCGCAUCCGGAAGGGGGCACUGGGGGCGUGGCACCAGGUGUCGCACUGCCUCGGGGGUGUAGGCGUGGCUUCGGCCGUCGUGUCCUUCGCCGUGGCACUCUACUACAACACUGUCAUUGCCUGGUGUCUCUACUAUCUCUUCCAGAGCUUCCAGUCGCCGCUGCCGUGGUCCGACUGCCCGCACGCCAUCGGGGUCGUGGACCACAACGCCACGACCAGCCUGGGCCAGGAGUGCGAGCGCGCGGGGCCGACGCAGUUCUUCUGGUACCGGGACGCGUUGGACAUCACGUCUGACGUCAUGCACGUAGGAGACUUCAACUGGAAGAUCGCCGGGUGCAUGGCUAUUGCUUGGCUCCUCAUCUAUGUGUGCAUCAUGAAGGGCAUCGUUGCUUCAGGCAAGGUGGUGUACGUAACGGCCGUGUUCCCUUACCUGGUGCUGCUGGCGUUUCUGGUGAGGGGGCUGACGCUGAGGGGCAUGCUUGACGGCAUCACUCACCUCUUCACGCCUAGGUGGGAGAAGCUCGAGGACCCGGUGGUGUGGCUGGAGGCGGGCACGCAGAUCUUCUUCUCCCUCGGCCUCGCCUUCGGGGGCCUCAUCGCCUUCGGAUCCUACAACCCCGUCAACAACAACUGCCUCAGGGACGCCAUCCUCGUCUCCUUCACCAACUGCAUCACCUCGCUCCUGGCCGGCGUCGUGGUCUUCUCCAUCUUAGGCUUCAAGGCCCACGAGACCCACGACCGGUGCAUGGCCGAGCGGAACCUACUUAAGAGGAGGAACAUCACCUUGCCCGUGUGCGACAUACAGGAGGAGCUCCAGCAGUCCGCCGCGGGAACGGGCCUGGCCUUCAUCAUAUUCACGGAGGCCAUCAACCAGUUCCCUCUGCCUCCCUUGUGGGCCAUCCUCUUCUUCCUGAUGCUGUUCACCCUCGGGGCAGACUCCCAGUUCGGCACGCUGGAGGGCGUCAUCUCCUCGCUCAUCGACCUCAAGGUGUUCCCGCAGAUGAGGAAGGAGGCGCUGUCAGGACUGGUGUGCCUCGUCUGCUUCUUCCUGUCCCUCAUGUUCACCCACGGCGCCGGGAACUAUAUCUUCCAGCUGUUUGAUUCCUUCGCUGGCAACAUCCCUUUGCUGGUGAUCGGGCUGUUCGAGUGUUUGGGCAUAAGCUAUAUCUACGGGAUUAAGAAGUUCGCCAGCGAUGUGGAACUGAUGUGUGGCUCUCGCCCAUCGCUUUACUGGCUCGUGUGUUGGAAAGUGGUUUCGCCUCUCCUCAUGGUCACCAUCUUGGCGGCCUCCCUCAUCAAAAUGGCGGUAGAGGGCAGCACCUACUUGGCUUGGGAUUCGAUCAUGGGUGAGAGUGUAAGCCUUCAGUGGCCGAGCUGGGCGUGGGGAAUCGCCGCCGUCUUGGUGAUUCUGCCCCUCAUGUGGAUCCCUCUCGUGCCCAUCGCGAACGCCCUUGGAUUCCGCCUGCUGACCGAGGAGGAGGCGGCCUGGUUCCCGGAGAAGGAGCUGAGGAGCGCCCAGGACAUCACGCCGCAGCGGUUCACGGCACUCGAACGGGCCCUUCUGUGUCUGUCUGUGUCUACGGAAUCUCUCAAGUCGACGGACGAGGACCAGCCUGUGAAGACCCUGCCCUCCCAGAACUCCCACCAGCCUCUACUCGCACAGGACUCCAAGAAGUCCCAGAGGACCCAGUCCGUCAAGUCCAGCAAAUCUUUGCGCAUAAAAGCAGACACCAAGAACUCUUGCCGUGUGACAGGGACAACCAGACUCUAUAACUUUUGUGACAAAAACUUCAGGAUGUUGGAGUUCUCCCAUUUAUUACAAUUAGCGAGAGAGAUCUUCCAUUGUUCUUCCACGUCCACGAAGAGUAGUCAUGAUGUUAGAACUAGAGGGGCUUCCAUUUUAACCCUUAUACCUGAUCAUUCCUUUUCACGCACAGUGGGUCAAGGCCAGGAUGCUCCAUUCAUCCACAGGAUCAAUAGAGACCCUCUCCUCUAUGGCGAGGAUAUUGAAAUUUAUCCACAUGGUCUUUGA